AAUUUGACAGACAAGUUAUCAAUCCAGCUGGAUCGCUCAGGUGGAGGAGGGCAGAGGGGGGAGGGUAAUGUUAAUUGGGCUGCACAUCUGCUGGAGAAACUGGGCGGCAGUCCAGCCAUGCCUCCUACCACUGGACAAGCCAGUGGUGGUAGUGGCUCAAACGUGAAUCUGGUCAUCCCAAUCAACGAGGAAUGUGGUAUCAGAGAUGUUUGGAAUCAUAACCUCCAUGAAGAAUUUCGUUCCAUAAGAAACGUUGUUCUAAAGUACACCUAUGUUGCCAUGGAUACUGAGUUUCCCGGAGUGGUAGCAAGGCCGAUCGGAGAGUUCCGUAGCACAGCCGACUAUCAGUACCAGCUGCUGCGAUGUAAUGUGGAUCUAUUAAGGAUUAUCCAGCUGGGUCUGACGUUCCUCGACGAGAACGGCAAAACUCCAGCUGGCUAUACCACUUGGCAAUUCAACUUUAAAUUUAAUUUAUCGGAAGACAUGUAUGCACAAGACAGCAUCGACCUGCUACAAAACUCUGGGAUCCAGUUUAAGAAGCAUGAGGAGGACGGGAUAGAUCCGCUUGAAUUCGCAGCACUCCUCAUGACCUCGGGUGUCGUUCUUAUGGACAACAUCAAGUGGCUGUCCUUCCAUAGUGGCUAUGAUUUUGGUUAUCUUAUAAAGCUUUUAACGGAUACUAAUCUACCUCAAGAUGAAAGUGACUUCUUCGAGCUUCUGAGGCUUUACUUUCCUGUUGUGUAUGAUGUAAAGUAUCUGAUGAAAAGCUGCAAGAAUCUGAAAGGUGGGCUGCAGGAAGUAGCGGACCAGCUAGAGUUGCAGAGGGUUGGACCACAGCACCAGGCUGGAAGUGAUUCUUUGCUUACUGGAAUGGCUUUCUUCAAAAAUGCGAGAGGUAAAUGUUUGAUAAUCUGCAUAAUGUUCUUCGAAGACAACAUUGACGAUAUGAAGUAUUGUGGACACCUGUAUGGGCUGGGAACUUCGUUUGUGGUGAACGGUAAUGCGUUCCAUGACAACGGCGACAACAGUAGCUCCUCGUGA